AUGGGUCAAUCUUGUUUCUUCAAAGUUCUUCUUGUUUCCUCUCUUUUACUUCUAGUCUUCUGCUCCAAUGCCAUGGGGAGAAACUUGCGAACUUCAAAGUUGUCAGGAGUUUACAGCACUGUCGUGCUAUUACCUUCCAAGGGAGGCAAUGUGAGGAAGACAACAGAGCUAAUGGAUUACGACCCACCGGGGUCUAACACCAAUUGGAGUGGUUUCGUUGCCUCUCCACCUCCUGAGUCUCCUCCACUUCCAUAA